CUUUCCUCUCUCUCUCUCUCUCUCUCCAUUUCCUCCACGAAACGCACUACAGACUGAUCAUGGCCAAGCUCUUCCGUCUCACCACCGCCAUCUUCUUCCUCUCCGUCACUUGCCACCGCCUCUCACGCGCCGCCUACCCCAUCGGCGUCAACUACGGUACCGUCGCCGACAACCUCCCGCCGCCAUCCCAAGUCGCCACCUUCCUCAAGACCAAAACCACCAUCGACCGGGUCAAGAUCUUCGACGCCAACCCCGACAUCCUCCGCGCCUUCGCCGGCACUGGCAUCGCCGUCACCGUCACCGUCGGGAACGGCGACAUCGUCUCCCUCUCCAAGCUCCCCGCAGCCCAGUCCUGGGUCUCCGCCAACAUCUUGCCGUUCUACCCCAAGACCCUCAUCAACCGCAUCGCCGUCGGCAAUGAGAUCCUUGCCACCUCCGACAAGACCCUCAUCGCGCGCCUCUUGCCUGCCAUGAAAGCCCUGCACUCCGCCCUCCAGCUCGCGAACGUCACUAAAGUCCAGGUCACGACCCCGCACUCGCUCGGGAUACUCUCGUCGUCGGAGCCUCCGAGCACCGGGCGGUUCCGCCGCGGGUACGACCGGGUCAUAUUCGCUCCGAUCCUGGAAUUCCACCGCCAGACGAAGUCCGCCUUCAUGGUGAACCCGUACCCGUACUUCGGGUUCUCCGCCAAGACCCUGAACUACGCGUUGUUCAAGCCGAACGCCGGCGUUUUCGACGCGGCGACGGGGAUAAACUACACGAACAUGUUCGACGCCCAGAUGGAUGCGGUCUACUCGGCGAUGAAGAAGGUGGGUUACGAGGACGUGGACAUUGUGGUGGGAGAGACCGGAUGGCCCUCGGUGGGCGACCCCACCCAGCCGGACGUGAACGUGGAGAACGCGGUGUCGUACAACGGGAACCUCGUGAGGCACGUGAACUCCGGGAAGGGAACGCCGUUGAUGCCGAACCGGAAGUUCGAAACUUACAUCUUCGCGCUGUUCAACGAGGACCUGAAACCGUCGACCUCCGAGCGGAAUUUCGGGCUGUUCAAGCCGGAUCUGACGCCGGUUUACAGCGUCGGCGUCUUGAGAAAUGAACCGGCCGGUGGACCCGCUCCGGCGUCGCCCAGCCCGACGACCCCGUCGACGAGCUCGGGAAAGAAGUGGUGCGUGCCGCGAUCGGACGCGAACGACGUGGCGUUGCAGGCGAACAUAGACUACGUGUGCAGCCGACAAGUGGACUGCAAGCCCAUACGGGCGGGCGGGGCCUGCUUCAACCCGGACACGGUGCGGUCGCACGCGGCGUACGCCAUGAACGCUUACUACCAGGCCUUCGGGCGGCACGACUACGACUGCGACUUCAACAAUACCGGAGCGAUCACGGCCGUCGAUCCCAGUUACGAGGAAUGCACGUAUCCGGAGGAUGCUACGAGCGUGAGAUUAUUAGAGAAGAAGUCGGUGACGGGAGGUUCGAGGAGCCCGCAUAGGAAAUCGAAUGACUUGUUUAUGGGUUUUUGUUGCUUUUUGUUCGCUUACUUUAUUCUAUCUUAAUUUGAAAGUUAAAAGAGAGAAAUUUGAACGUUACC